AGUGAGAGCUGUGCUUUGGCAAAUUGUAGGAUAGAGUGGAAGAAUUUGGAACGAUGGCUGAUAAGUCUAACCAGAAGCCUCAUCUCAAUGUGGUCAUCAUUGGCCAUGUAGACUCUGGGAAGUCCACCACAACUGGUCACCUGAUCUACAAGUGUGGGGGGUUUGAACCAAGAGCACUGGAGAAGGUGGAGGCAGCUGCUAAUCAGGUGAGUCUCUACUCACAGGGUGCUUCUAUCUUAGGAAGCUGCUUUAACCCCAUUUAUUAGAAAUUGGAGUAAAACUGUUAAUGUGCUUAUAUUGUCCUGCCAAGGCUUCCAAAGUCCUAGUGUCUUGGCUAAUGUAAUUUAAGCCCUUCAGUGUCUUCUCUUACUUCUCUACCUCUUUAGACUUUUAAGUGUUUUAAACUGGUCUUUCUAUGUAAAUCUGUCCUACUUGUGACAAUCAUGUAAUUUCAUGUCUAAUGCUAGCAAUAUCUGUGUAGACCCUGUCCCUGAUGCUCUAAUGCCCUCACUCCAAGAGCUGGCCCUGCCUGUAUCAGGAGAGUUUAUGGGAACCAGAGCUCCUGGUACAGAGGCACCAUAACCACUACAGGGUGCUGUAGUUCUGGCAACUGAAUUAUUAUCAUCCAUCAUCUUUUAAAAAAAACAAAACCCCUAGAUUCCAUUCUAAUGCUAUAACUUAAAGGGACACUCUCGUCACUGGCCUGUGAAGUGUCACUUUCCCUUUAACCCUGUAGCUGAAUGCAUUGCAUUUUCAGAGAAACUGCAUGAUUAACACUGCCUCUAGGGGUGACUACCAUUCAGCCACCAAGCAUGUUUUGCUGAGUUUAACUCCAUGAAACUAUGCUUUAUGUCUGAACUAUUUGCAUGAGGUUGUCCAGCCUUCUAAAUCCCUAUAGGAAAACAUUGAUUACACUGUUUUUCCUAUGGGAAGGCAUAAUGUGUAUGUGCAGUGAUUGUUGCACAUGUGCAUUAGGCUUGCCCUUGCAAUGCUGCUGGAAUAUGAUGUGUAUGUAAAGGGUUAUUUGCACCUCUGAAUUGUACAGGGUUGCUAUUGUGUUAGAAAUACAGCUGUGUAUAAUGAUACUGUAGUGUUCAUUUAAACAGUCUUUUAUGGCAGUCAGCCAUACCAAAGACUGAGAAUGUGUGGUUACAACUCUGUGGCUAAGGUUUGCAACUCUUUCUUCCUUAGAUUGGUAAAGGAUCAUUCAAGUUUGCUUGGAUCCUUGAUAAGCUGAAAGCAGAGCGGGAACGUGGAAUAACUAUUGACAUAUCCCUGUGGAAAUUCCAAACUAAGAGAUAUACCAUAACCAUCAUUGAUGCUCCGGGUCACAGGGACUUCAUUAAAAAUAUGAUCACUGGAACCUCUCAGGUACUCCUAUUUAAAAUGUCUUAGAUUUUUCUGCUCUAGUUCAAAAUGACUAUGAAUUUUAUUUUUUCCUGGACUAACUAGACCCAUUUCAUUUUAGGCUGAUGUUGCCAUCCUGGUUGUCUCUGCAGCCACAGGCGAGUUUGAGGCUGGUGUCUCUAGAAAUGGACAGACUAGAGAACAUGCCCUUCUAGCUUACACCAUGGGAGUCAAACAACUCAUCGUGUGCGUCAACAAAAUGGAUGUGACUGAGCUUCCAUACAGCCAGAAGCGGUUUGAAGAGGUUGUAAAAAAUGUGACGGUUUAUCUAAAAAAGAUUGGUUACAACCCAACUACCAUACCCUUUGUUCCUGUAUCUGGGUGGACUGGAGAAAACGUAGCUUCUCCUAGUCUGAAGGUAAUAUUCUUCAGAGCAAUUAAAGUACUUAUUCUUGGUCAAAGCUGGAAAUGUAAAUAUUCCCCUUUAAAGGGACACUGUAGGCACUACAUCAACUGAACUGGUUAUAGUGCCUGGAGUCCCCCUGACACAUCCCUCUAUGUGUUAAACCAUUUUAGUAUUUAACUUUUUAAAGUGCUCAUUGCACGAUUAUGUGGUUUAAACAUAAUGGACAUACAGGAGCAAUGAGAUGAAGCUAGUGUCCCUUUAAAGACUUUCCCUACACUUGAUGUGGCAUGGGUUCAACACUUCCUGAAGCUACCCUCAUGAUGUAAAACUGGAUGACUAGCAAAACUACAAACCCCCAAACUAGACUAAUUAGUUUUUUGUUUUUUUUUGUUCUGUUAAUGCUUGUAUUAUACUUUGUACUGUUUCCCCAGAUGAACUGGUUUAGGGGAUGGAAAGUGAAACGAAAGGAAGGCUUUUCUAAAGGUCAGUGCCUUCUGGAGGUUCUGGACUGUCUCGUGCCUCCCGUGCGGCCAGCCAACAAGCCUUUAAGAUUACCUCUUCAAGAUGUCUACAAAAUAGGUGGUAAGAACAUCCCCAAGCUCAAUCAUUGCUGAGUUGAAACACUUAAAGCAUGUCUUCUCUAUGAAACUUUCCACAUAACAGGUGGACUGGAUGCAGCAAAACUUGUGAUCAGAUAGCAGAUUGCCUGUAUCUUUAGGUUACAAGCUUCACCUGUUAAAGUGGAAGACUUCCUUUUGUAAGCCUUUAUCUUACACUGGUAGAUCUGUUCUGAAGCCUAAACUUGCAUGCUCUUAUAAAUUCUAGAAGCACUCCAGAAUACUGCAGCUGAACAUCAUAAAUUCCAUCUGUCAAUGUGGUGACUGCAGCCUUGGCUCUAGGCUUCAUGAAUCAUUCCAUGCUUCCACUUCACCUUCUAAAAUGGCUGAUCUGCUUGGAACAAAUCCCACUCCAGAAUGCAUUUUAUUCAGAUUUAUGCUCCUGGCACUAAAUAUCCAUUGGCUUAAAGCAAAACUUCACACUGACAGUGAGACCCCAUUAAAGAUCAGGUGUGAUGUCUGAAUCUAAAGUGGGUUCUCAGUAGACUCUUAUAACAGUCUCUGGUUCCCCAUGACACUUUCUUUGGAAAGAAGCAUAACUUGGCCAAUGACCUGAAGUUUGCCUUGUUAAUAGUGGCUGUUUUUGGAGGAGUCACUAUUCAAUUCAUGUUUAUGUAUUUUCAGGAAUUGGUACUGUCCCUGUUGGGAAGAUUGAGACUGGAAUUCUGAAACCAGGAAUGACAAUCUGCUUUGCCCCAUCAAGCUUCACUGCAGAAGUGAAGUCCAUAGAGAUGCACCAUGAGCCUGUCCAGACAGCACUGCCUGGUUACAAUGUUGGCUUCAAUGUAAAGAACAUUGCGGUUAAAAGCCUCAGACGUGGUAACGUAGCUGGAAAUUCAAAGACUGAUCCACCAACUGAGGCCUCCACCUUUACUGCACAGGUACUAGAAAAACCAAUAGAUCUAACUCUAAAUGAGUCAAGUGCUAAAACUGUUUAGAAUAACAUUGACAAAUGUUAUAAGUCUUCAAUGGAAAAACCCCAAUUGGGCAACUACUAGUAUAGAAACUCAUCUGUCAUAACAGCUUGUAAUAACCACUUAAAUGCAUGGACAAUCUCUCAGGUGCCAUCUGGUGGUUUUUCCACAUAAUGUAGACUGAGGCAAUAAACAGAAAAGUGGAGCUUUAAUGGUAGUGAACGCUUCCUUUAUUCCCAUUCUUGGGUUUAAAAUGGUCUGCAACAUUAACUAUUAAAGGUUAGUCUACACAUAGACCCAACAACUCUUGCAGUUAAUCAUUGUAGACAAAUGCUAUAGUCAGUGUCUGUAUUACGGGUAGAAACAACAAAGAAAAUGUUACCUGCGCUCUCCUUAAUCCCUAUGUAUUUAGACAAAUGGAGGUCAUUUAGUUGCUCCAAUGGCCAUUGGAGGGAAUGCCCGCCUGCCAACGUCAAGGCAGACCCCCUAAAGCGGCUCCUAACACUGACCCUUCAGCCUGCUUCCUUGAGCUUCUGGCAAAGAUAUCUCUAAUGAGACAGGUGUAUUUAUAUACACCGCUAUAUAAUUAACCCUUAAUAGGGAACACAUGGGAUGGGUGGCAGCAUUGUAACAAGGCUGUGUGAUACAAAGUAAAUACAAAAAGAUAAGUCCUGUGCUCACUCCCAUCACUACUGGGCAGGCAGCAAUGACUACAGUACACAUCAGCCCCAAUAUAUAGUAAAAACCAAAGAAAAGCUACCUGCGCUCUCUCCUUAAUCCCUAUGUAUAAUUAGACAAAUGGAGGUCAUUUAGCUGCUCCAAUGGCUUUUUACUAUAUAUUGGGGCUGAUGUGUACUGUAGUCAUUGCUGCCAGCCCAGUAGUGAUGGGAGUGAGCACAGGACUUUUGUAUGUAUUAAGGGUGAAAUAUUUUAGGUUUAUACUUUAAAUAAACAGUUGUGAUUUCCUUCAAGAUCACCCAAAAAUGAGCAAUUAAAAAAAUUACUCAGUACAUAAGCUAUGUUAAAGUUCAGAUGGUACAACUUAACAGAUCCUACAACCUAGAUGAUAUGGAUAAAAUGGAUACAUGUAGAAAUCUAGUGGGUGGUGUAUAGCUUGCUAUCCAAACUCAAAACCUAGUGGUAAAAGUCCACUUAGAAUUUGUAUUCCCUGAUGGGUUUAAAGCAAGCUUCCCUAAACUCCAGCCCUCCAGAUGUUGAACUACAAAUCCAUGAUUCUAUGAAUCAUUGAGUUUGGGGAAGCCUGGUUUAUGGUCUUGCUUGUUUGAAGUCUUUGUAGCAGUUUCUGCUCAGUAACUGACAAACAAUGCUGUAGACUGCAAAUUACUAGAACCUCUAGCUUUCUGACAUGUCCUGUAGUACUUGUUUGAUGCAAAAGUGCAAGAAUAUCAUUUAGUAAAUGUAUAUUCUACUACACACAAGCCUGGGACACGCUGAUCUUCAAAAUAUGGGCAUCAGAUGUUGGAGAGCAGGAUUAACUGCUUUCUAAAUGAUUAAUGGAAGCUUCAUUCUCACUUAGGUGAUCAUUCUGAACCAUCCUGGAUUUAUUAGGGCUGGAUAUUCACCUGUGAUAGACUGUCACACUGCCCAUGUAACAUGCCAGUUUACUGAGCUUCAAGAGAAGAUUGACCGGAGAUCUGGCAAAAACCUGGAGGACAAUCCUCUGGCCCUGAAAUCAGGAGAUGCGGCCAUUAUCAAACUGAAGCCUAUCAAACCAUUCUGCGUUGAACGCUUCUUUGACUAUCCACCUCUAGGUUAGUGGGCAUUCCUGCAAAGUGCCGAAACUUGUUGUAUAGUAUGACCAUCAUCUUUGGUAGAUUGUGGUAAGUUUGCAAACUGACUCUGCAACAUCUAAAGUUGAGGGUCUGGCCUAGAGUAAAAUUUCUUAUUAUAGUAAAAGGUCUAGCUAUUAACCUGUCAUGCUUCUGGCAAACAUAAUGCAAACCUAAAUAUCUCCAGGUAACGAGUUUUAUUAUCUGUUACAGGGAGAUUUGCUGCACGAGACUUGAAGCAAACUGUAGCAGUUGGGGUUGUGAAGUCUGUGGAGCGGAAGGCUGGGUAUCCUGCUCGACAAGCUCAAAAAACGGUCCUAGUGAAAUGAGUGUUCUGCAUCCCCAGCUGGAAGUACCCAAAAUUGUUCUGAGCAACUUAACUUUAAUUUCUCUAAUCAAUUUUGUUCCUUAAUGCAGAAAUGGCAUGACUGUUUACUUUAGUUGUGUAUUGAAGGGUACUUCCCAAAUAAAACUUGUAAAGCAA